AUGUCCCCUGAAACUGAGGAUAUUACCGACAAUGAUCAUCAUGAUGUUUCAAUCCAUAAUCAAGAACAAACCCAACUUGUACCAAGAAAUCAAUCAGUUGAUGGCCCAGAUACGGCCACUUUACAGCCACAACCACAACAAACACAGGUUCAACAAGCAAGAACGACGUCAUGGUUUUUCUGGAGUAGUCUGCAAACAGUAGUAAUUGAGGAAACAACGAAUGAAGAUCAAGCUAUCGAGCCAGAGGAAGACAAUGUACAACCACAAAUUGAAAUUUUAGAAACACAGCCAUAUGCUCAGUCAGAACAACCAUCACUACCAUCUGAACCUCAACCUACAUGGUGGCAAUCAAUUUUCACAUCAAAAACAACAGAAGUGAAUAAUUCACAGCCAACUCCGAAAUCAACACCCUCGGAAUUGCAAUCAGAAACUGCACCAUUGCUACUGAAUUCAAAAGAAACUCAUCAUUUACAACAACCACAAAACACAUGGUGGGGUUGGCUAACUGGGUCACGAACUGAAGAAGACCAUGAAGAUGAAGAGAAUACAUCGGACAUUUCUAAUCUAGAUUUAUACAAGUCCGCAAAAGCAACAAUUGAAUCGUCCAAGUUUGAUUCUCAUCAUUAUAUAUUCAAGAAUACUGUCAAUUGUAAGAGUAUCGAGUUGUCGGUUUUCAAUUCUUUGACAGAAUCAAAUCCAGUUGUUUACAGUUCCAGGAAACGACCUUUAUUAGCAACAGAAGUAUUAGAAAAUUCUAUAAGUAAUGGGGCCAAUCGACAAGAUAGUAUUUCAAGCAUUGGCAGUUUCAACCCAGACAGUAGUGGAAAUAUAGUGACUCCGCUCUUUGAAGAAAAUUAUCGAAGAAUUACCUUAAAGACAAAGUUGAGAAUAUAUUCGGACGACUUAUUAUGUGGACACAAAAGCGAGUUUCAUUUAUAUAAGGAGAAAAACAUCACCAAAAGAGCCAAGCUGUCACUUCAAAGAAUAAUAAUCAUUGGGGUUCAUUCAUUUUUACCAAACAAGAUGGUGCGGGCACUAAUUGGAGCAAAUACUGGGAAUGCAAAACGAUUUGUAAACAACGCAUCCAAAGCAGUUAUAAAUUGGUUGAAAGCGAACAAUCCUGAGUUCAACAUUAAUGAUUAUGAGAUUGAGACAUUGGCAAUUGAAGGUGAAGGAAAAAUAAAUGAUCGAAUUGAAAAAUCUAUACAAUUGAUGAAAAAUAACUGGCUUGGUAUUUUAGAAAGCAGUGACUUUAUAUUCAUGACAAGUUAUGGUACAUCUUGCAAUCUCGCGGUGAAUUUAUUUGCACAAAUGUUGAUUGAGUUUACUGGGUUACAGAAUACCAAGUAUUUGGGGUUGUUGUGUUUAAAUGGGAACUUGAGUGGACCAGUUGUUGGCAUUGAAUCUAAAUUGGUUGUUCGGGCAUUCACAAGCAGUGAGAAUGAGAUCAUCAAAGAAUUGUUUGAGUUCAACAAUUGUAAUAGCAAACUCAGUAAUCAAUUGACGGAGUCGUUGAAGGUUUUGAUUGACCUGAAUGUAAAGAUUACAUUUACAGGAGAUAUGAAUGACUUGAAUUUUAUACCGUUGAGUUCAUCAUUGGGAUUACAGUACAACCAUCCAAAUAUCAGAAGAAAUAUUUACUGGGAAGGUGACAGAUAUGUGCCUUUCGUUUCCAGCGUAUUGAGUAUAUUGUGUCUAAUGAGGAAUCUUGGAUAUUACAAUGAUUAUGGAUUGAUUAAAGACUUGUGCGAUAAACUAUACUCCAACCUGCAACCCACUACGGCAGCAUCAACUACCCCGAUAUAUUUAGCAGAAAAGGCGUACAAUGAAGCCAUUAGAUUUACAUUAGAAAGUACCAAUUUAAUCCACAAGUCAGAACAUGAUCUUUUAGUGAAAUAUGCUGCCAAGUCUAAUCCAGAUGAUAAUUUUUAUAACUUAUUGCCGUGGAAUUUACGCAGCUUUUUCCACGAUUUAAUGAAGGUUAAGCACAUUAAUAACUUGAAAUUGGUCUUUGAACUUAUUGAAGAAUUUAACAAUUGGACACCUUUAGCCAACGGGAACAAAAAUUUCAAAGAGCUCAAGUAUUGUUUAAGUUUUUUAGAAGAUUUUGAAAUUGCAGAGUUGUUAAUGUCGUAG